AUGGGCACAGGCACAUACUUAUUGGACAAGGAACAUCCUCCCUUGAGGCCUGACUUUGAGGACAACAUAGUUGUCAUGAAUGAUGAAGAUCACACAUCUGUAGAGGCUCAAGAGAAGAGGGAGAAAGCAAAAGCUAAGAAGGCAGCCAAGAUGCCAAGUGUUGAAGAGGCUUCACAAGUGUUCCUCAAGUCAAAGCAAUAUCAACUUGGAUAUCUUAUUCAAGCCACUUUGAGGAUUGAGAAAGGACUCGCCACCCUGACUCAGAAUCAAGAUAUCCUGGAGAGGAUAAUUGAGACAAAAUUCUAUGAUCUUGACCUGAAGGUGACAGAGAUGCAAACAACUGUUGAGCAGCUCCAGGAAGAAGCUGAGGAGAAGAAAGGGAAAGCUACCACAUAUGCCUUUGAGAGAGUGCCUAGGGCACAGAGAUCUGCAGCAGUGCCUGUGACAGAUACAAGAGCUACUACAUCAGCACCUUGGGCAGCCACUCCGGCGUUCCGAUCUGGCCUUCCAUCGCAGCUCGCAUCAUGGAUUAAUAAGGGACUGGACCAAGGAUCAACUGAUGAAGUGCAGAUGCUGCAAAGUCAUAUCCGGAGCCUCGUUGAAAAGGACACCGACCUCAUCAACGUGAUCCAGAGGGAUGUGGAAGCUAUUCUUUGGGACCCGAAUGUAGUGGCCGGAUACAUCGGAGGACGUCAGCCUCAACAGCAAUCAUCCGGAUACCUCGGUAAGAACUCAACUCCUGAACACAACUUAGUUGAUUAUUCCGUAACUGAGGAAUCUAUCUUUGACCAUGGCUGGAUGAAGAAGGCGGAGCGAAUUAGGUGUUCGGCUCCACUUCCCGAAGACUCAGCUGAUCCCGUGCUGAUAAGGAUGCUGGCCCCAGUGCCGUAUCAAGUGCCGGCGAAGGAGGACAAGGAGGAGAGCCAAAAGGCCAAACGUAGCCUCCACUUUGAAGGUACACCAGACGUUAUGUCCGGGGAGACUAGAACUCCCUCUUCUGAAGAUGAAGGGGAAGAAGAAGCUGAUAUCCCUUUUCCCCAUGGGAGGAAAAGGACUGCCUCCGAAGACUUGGAGGCGGCGGCGCCCAAGAGAGGGAAGAUACCCCUGCCAGACGGUUCGGGAGACGACGUUGUCGCACAGCUCCUCCGUGAGGACAAGCCUUUCGCCAAAUCGUAA